AUGGCCGGCGUGCAGACAGGCGAGAAGCAGCUCUUCGAGAAGUUCUGGCGAGGCACCUUUAAAGCCGUGGCCAUGCCGCGACCCGAGAGCAUCAUCGUGGCCAGUAUCACCGCCCGCAAGCCGCUGCCCAGUGGGACACUCGGCUGCCUCCCGUACCCCGCGGAGGACAGACGUCCUGAAAAGCUGAGCAGCUGCGUGGUCAGGGAGACCUCCACCACCAAUGGCUGUGUCAAAGGGAGGGAGAGACGCGACCAUGGGCACCGCAGGUCACGCAGCCCUUCAUGUGAUGGGGAGAGGCCGCCACCAGCCCGGGGGAAGAAGAAGAAGAAGAAAUCUGGCCGCAAGAAGCGAAGGAGGUCUCCCUCCUACAGCCCCUCACCUGUGAAGAAGAAGAAGAAGAAAAGCUCCAAGAAGCGAAAAAGAAACAGGUUAUCUUCAAAGAAGAGAAGGCACAGCUCUCGUGGGCGCACCCGGAGAUCUCAUCGCCAUCGCCGCUGCCACUCUCGCUCGGAGAGCUCCGACUCCCACUCCCCCAGCUGCCGGAGCAGGCACAGAGCCAGGUCUCGGGAGGAAGGGCGCAAAAUACGGCGAAGACACUCCCGGCACCAUUCAAAGAUCACUGCAAAGAGAAGCUCCUCUGCAGAGGUUCAGGCCAGUCAAAAAGCCAGCCAAACCCUCCCACUCUACAGCUUCCUGUCUCCUAAGGAAGUAAUCUCUCAGUCAGGGUCUUCUGCUGACCUCUUUACCAAAACAGACAGCCCGCCUGGCAACCUAACCCGCCAGAACGGAGAGUAUCAUGAAUAUGACUCAGGAAACGAUACUUCCUCCCCUCCCUCCACUCAAACGAGCUCAUCCAGGUCAAAGGACAGCCAGGAGAAAAGAAGUCUAGUCCAUGAUGGCUUUGGCCAUGCCUUCUCGUCCGGGAAGCCCAAACUGGCCAACAGCGAUAACAGCUCUGAUUCAGGAAAUUCCUUCACCAGUUGUUUUUCCCAGACCAAGGGAACAGCUUUGGAAAAUCUGUCUCCAGAUGCCCAGGGACAAGACCGAAGAGGGUGCCUGUCCUUGUGUCUCAGUUCUUCGGAGGAGAAGAAGCGAAACUUGCCCCCGUCCCCAACGCACAGCUCCCCGCUCAGGCCGUGCUCCCGCAGCGCGUCCUACACCAGCACGGGCAGAUCCUCCCCCGGCUCCAGCCGCUCCCGCUCCUCCUCGCACCGCAAGGCCUCUCCCAGGUACUCCCGAAGCAGGUCCUGCUCCUCGGGAAAGAGGUCUUCCUCACGUUCCCCCAGCUAUUCCUCCAAAUCCUGCAAAAAAAGUCCUGGGAGUAGGAGUUCAAGGCCUCGUCGGAGCCCCAGUUACUCCCGCUACAGCCGCAGCAGGGACCGUGAGCGAGAGCACAAGUACAGCUCCAGUGAGAAGGAGUCGCACCGGGAGCGUGACCGGCAGCGUCGGCGCCGCUCCUACUCCCCCCUGAGGAAGCGCCGGAGGGACUCUCCCAGCCACCUCGAAGCUCGGCGCAUCACAAGUGCCCGCAAACGCCCCAUCCCCUACUACCGUCCCAGCCCCUCCUCCUCCAGCAGUGCCAGCAGCUAUUCCUCCUGGUACAGCAGCUUCAGCCGCUCCCCGAGCCGAAGCCGGAGCUACUCCAGAACGACGAGCCGGAGCCGAAGCUGGAGCAGCAGCAGCGCCGAGGGCAGGAGCCGCAGCCGGAGUUCGGGCCCCAGGAGCAGCCGCAGCAGGAGCAGGAGCUAUGACUCAGGAGCCAGCUCCGACAGCCUGCGUCGUUAGGGAGUGCCGCUGGUGGCUGACACCGUGUGCCGGCGGCACCUCCAGAUUCCUGGCAUUCUCCGCUUCCUUCCCACCUACCUGGCCAUCGAUAGCAAUCAUCCCCGAUACUGAUGUGGUGGCAGCGCCGGGUCCCCCUUCCCCGGUUCAGAGUAAGAGCCCUGGAGCGCCUGAUGCAGCCCCUUUGUUCUGCCAUGGAGUGGGUGGAUCAGUCCCAGCUCCCUGUGCCAGGGCUGGAAGAAGGGUCGGUGCUUUACAGAGGGUCUGUCACGACAGACCUGCUCCAUCCUCCCUGAUGCUCCCGUCUCUCCAUCGCUGCCACUCUCCAAAGCACUACCAGCUGUUCCAAAGGAAAGAACUCAGCUCCAGGAACCAACAAAUUAACUUCUGUUGGAGGAAGAGACCCAGUUAGGGAGGAGUUUGCUGAAAGCUUCUGAGAUGAGGGGGGUGACCUGUCCCCACCAAGGCAAAUAUCAGGUCCUUUGGGUCUCUCCUCCAGAGUAGCUGCCCAUUCUGUAGCAGGCCUUUUCCAUAAGAAAAUAUUUAUUUAUUGCCACUCAGCCAGGCCCUGCUAUAAUUAGAAGGCUAGAAAUCCCUCCUGACGUAAUUUCCAGGGAAAAAAAGGGCUGUUUGCUCUUUCUCCUGCCCUUUCCUACUAAGUAACCACACCUUUUGCAGGGUUGUUUUAUCCCCCAGUGCUGACUUGCUUGCAAGCAGCCUGCUGAGGUCUGAAGCAGACAGGGGGCUGGUGGGGUACAAGGCAGAGGGGAGCUGCUGCCAUGCUGCACUCCGAGGGUCAGGCAGUGGCAUGGGAGACAGGGGCCACGUGGUUCCCUUCUUGGAGGAAGCCUCGUGCAGUUUGGGUUCAGGUUUUUCUAAAGGGAGCGUUGCCCUCGGGGUGGAACCGUAGGGAGGUGUGGAGACAGCCUGGUUGUGGGGUACAGUGAGAGCACACAGGGUUAAAAGGGCAUUGCAUGAGCCAGGGGACCCCAAAUCCCUUUCCUGAAACACGCAGUAGUUUUAAGCAGGAUUUCAGGAAACCAUUUCUCCUUGAGCCCCUCAGGCUGCCCUGAGGCAGGACCAGCAGCACAGUAGUGCUGGUGCCAGGCUGCAGCAGGGUUUACUGGUGGCCCAGUUUGUCACCGGGAGGCCAGAGCAGUGCAAGGCGACAGGAAGGGCCCCCCACUAAUUGCCUGUUUUUCCAGGGAGCCGCAGGCAGUGGCAGGAGGGCCCUGCCUGCCCGGCCUCCCUGGGCCCUGGGGUUUUGUCUCCCUGCCAGCCCAGCUGCCUGCGCAAUUACUGUGUUUUGCCGGGUAACAAAGGCUUCUCCCAGCACAGGCUGAGCUGGUGCUGAGGAGUUUAUUUCUCUUACAACACCUGGGUGCUUAGAGACGCUAAUUUGGACUUCCCACCCUCCCUUUUUCCAUCCCCUCCCCUUCCAUCCUGCCUGAUUAUUAACGAGUUUGGGCUUAAUGAGUCAAGGAGGUGUGUUGUUUAAAUGUCACAGAAAAGGGCUGAGUGGAGCCACCAUCUGCGGGAGGAGGAGAGGGGGCAGAAAGGAAUGCAACUCUCCCCCAUCUAAAGAGUUACCUACAGCCCCCUCCAAUGCUGCUGGCACCAGGAAAAGGGCCAAAGCAGCAAGUGGAAGAAAGCCAAGUGCCACGAGGUGUUGUGGUGGAGAUGGAUGAUCGCCUCAGCAAGCCUAUAAACCUGUUACCUGUUGAAAAGUACAGCAGUGAGGGCUGGAAUUCCACCUGGGUGGUAUGAGGGGAAGUUUUAUGCCAGGAAGUCUCUUUCCCCGUAUCCUUCCUACUGCUGGUUCCCCUUGUCCUGUGCCUUCAACACCCAAAGUCCCUCCUUUUCCUAGACCCUGAUCCCCAGCCUUGCUCCCUGUAGGUAAUGUUAGGAUGAGGAUGGCUGAGGCAGAGAGGUGGGCAUUGGUGUAGUUGGUGGUUUGGUAGGGGCAUAUCUGUCUCCUGGGACGACACUUUCUAGGACAAAGAGAGAAGCAUUCCUUGUAGGGCUGAGGAAAUGCUCCAGGGCUGUGGUUGAGGGAUCAAAGACAGGGUAUUCUUGCAGUGGGGUGCCACUGCCUUCCCUCCUGUGCUGGCCCUGACAGUGGCCCCUUGGCCACCUUCUGCAGUGAACUCCCUCUCUAAAGGGCUGAAAACCUCACAAUUCUUCCCCAAAGAGUCUUUCCCAGUCUGAUGCUGAAAUACCCUGUCCUUCUGCUCCCGGGGAAGAUCCAAAGGCAGUGAUGGGAGCUCGGAUCCCAGCUUUACCAAUGUUUCAGGAGCAGCCUCCUGCCCCUUGGCACCCCCUAACACACACAUGCAGCUGUAGCAAGGAAGCAGCGAGCCAGAAGAUCCAAAAUGAAGAAGGAAAAGAGGAGGGGCUUUGUGCAACUGGUGUAAAUACCAAACACACAUCGUGGCUGGGGUUGGACAAUGGAAGCACCACACCAGGAUCAGCAGCAUCCACUCCCCAUGGGACAGGAGAUGACCCUGAGGGUUGCACAGGGCUCUCAAACCUGUCCAGCUGAUCCAUGUUUCAAGGACUGCAUCUGCCUGGACAGUCCAUGGCAGCUAAACGUUCCUGGGGUUUCCCAAGCAGACUUGCAUUGGAUUAAACCUCCUAAAUUAUUUAUUUAUUUAUUAAUUAUUAUUAUUAUUACUAUUCUAUUUUUAAUUCUAUGUCAGAAUGGAUGCAAGUGGUCACC